CUAAAAUGGAGCAGUGGAAUGAUCGCACAGCCGUUGUAACAGGAGCAUCUACUGGAAUCGGAGCUGCAAUUGCUGUGGAUCUGGUGAAGGCUGGAAUGGUAGUUGUUGGUUUGGCACGCCGAGAAGAAAAUAUUGAAGCUCUGAAGAAGCAAAUUCCAGAGAAGCUCCGAGUGAAUUUGCAUGCUAUGAAGUGUGAUGUAUCUCAAGAAGAAGAUAUCAUAAGAGUUUUUGAGCUGAUCGAUGCUAAAUUCAACGGAAUUGAUGUUCUUAUCAACAAUGCUGGAGUUGCUCACAGUAAAAUCAACUUAAUUGAUCAUGAUAAUUCGGCGAAAAUUCGACAAGUUAUCGAUACGAAUGUCUUCGGUCUGGUUUUCUGCACUCGCGAAGCUUACAAAUCCAUGGAAAAGCACGGCAGAAAUUCCCAUGUUGUGCAUAUUAACAGCAUUUCUGGACAUAAAAUUGCAUUCAACCCCGCAGUGGCACCUUCCAAUUUAUAUCGCCCGAGCAAAUUCGCUGUGACCGCGAUUACAGAGAUUCAUCGCCAGGAAUUCAUCAGGAGCAAGCAUCACAUUAAAGUGACUUCAGUGAGUCCUGGACUCGUGAAGACUGAAAUGACCCGUAACUCUUAUGACACAUCAAAACUCCCUUAUCUAGUGCCUGAAGACAUCUCACAGAGUGUUCUUCACGUCCUGGGAACUCCUCCUCAUGUGCAAAUUCAUGAAUUGACCAUCAAAUCAUUUGGAGAACCUUGGUAAAGUUAUUUGGAUUUGCCACAAUUUUGUGAGAGUCAAGAUUUGUGAUGUUUCCGGAAUAAAUGUGUGAAAAGUAAAAAAAAAAAUUCAGCACAAAUUGUACCCCUUACAAUAAGGAUUUCUAAAAUUUAAUGUCAAUGAAAUAAGAAACAGAGGCAGUAAAAUUAGUCGAAAUUAUGCACUUGGAAAAUAUCGAAAAAACUUUUCAAGAACAAUAAAAACCAGACAUC